UGGUUUUUUAAAAUCACAGGAGUCUGAAUGAGCUGAGGGUGUUACUCCUGGAAUCACAUCGUCAUUCCCGGGAUAUGGACAAAGACCUGAGCCGAGAGGUCCACAAGGCUGAGUGGAAGGUCAAGGAGCAGAAACUUCAGGAUGACAUCAAGACGCUGCGAGAAAAACUGCUUUUACUGGGUCGGGAACGAUCCUCCCCUGACCACCGGCGGUACUCGAUGCUAGACCCCUCGGCUCUUGACUCGGAGGUGACCCGUCUGCGCCAACGGCUGCUCAGCACUGAGGAAGCCCUGAGGAACGCCUUAGAGCACAACCAACAAGUCGACCAGCUGGUCCAGGCCAUGCGGAAGAAUCCAGAAAAAAGCCCGGUCCACGGUGCAAAUUCGGCUAAUGGAAUUCACCACCAGGAGUCACACAGCGCUCAAGAUGAACAACACUGAUAUGAGCAGAAGCGAUGAGAGUGGGACGCUAACUUGUCCCCGAGUGAACUGGGACGUGCUGAAGUACACCUGAAACGUCAAAGUUUGGUCCGACAUGUCUCCCGAUGCUGCGGUGGACGCCUGAAACAUUUCAGUUUACAGUUAAUACCAAAACAGCGAAUCUCUGUCUCAAGUGAAUAUAUGUGUUGUUACAGAAAGCACCUAUUAGCCAAUCAUGAAGACCACUUAAAAGUACUUUAAACAGGAAAAAAAAUAAGAAAAAGAAAGAGAUAUGGACGUGAAGAGAUUAUCAGCUCAACAACUGCUGAGAACUGGCAGUGUGGCAACUUUUGAUGCUUUACAUUAGUUAGAAAAUUUGAAGCUACAAGUUGAAGUUUUGUCAUUCGCUGAAAUCUGAAUGACUGCGCUGAAUUUUGACGAAGAAAGCAAAAAGACUGAUGGACGAUGAGAAGAAAAACUGGGUCUCGGUCGCUUUGUUUUAUUUAUUACUUUUAUUUUGCUCCUUGGCUUUGUAAUAAUCCUGUCUGCUGUACGUGAGCUGAUGGCCUGAUUUUGUUUUUAUUUUAAAGGAAGUUUGACUCGUGUCUCACCUUGCUUGAUAUCUGAUGAGGAUUGGUAGCAAACAUUACCCUUAAUCCAGAAUUAUUUGAACUCAAUUUUAGUUACACUGCACCAGAUCAAAACAAGUCAUCUCAGGGCACUCGCCAUAGUAACUACAAAUUUACACUAUAAUAAAAGCAUCUCUGCUACCAACUUUGUGAAAAUAACCAGUUUUUACAGUCACUUUUCAACUUUUUGUGUUUUUAAAAGAAACAUGAGCACUGAACAAAUACAAAAGCAACAGUUUGUUGCAAUAUAGGAGAAGAUGACAGAGACGGUGGAAGAAUAGUACAAAGCAAUGCUGUCCUGUCUGCAGACCGAGUAUGUACUCAUCCAGCACAGUGCUGGAUGUUGACCUGAGCGUUUGAAAGCUUGGCCAUGUUUAAUAUGAGCAGUCAUCAUGAUAACAGUAUAUACAUAAGGAAAAGUGUAAUAAGCCCAAUGUAAACAGAAUAUAAGGACAGUGAAGGACGUGCUUUACUGAACCGUGGGAUAAUUUCUAUUCCUCUACAGCCACCGCCUGGUCAACAUUUGUUUGCAGCAAACAGGAAAAAUGCCCUUGAAGUUAUGAAGUUCUCAGGUAGCUCCUCAGAACCAUUUGGUCCCAAAGCGUCUUAAUGUACGUAUACUGGUAGAAGCACGAUGAGCACAAAGUUAGGUUCAGUCUGGUCGUUUAAAUGUUGACUGGAGCCCUUUUAACGGUCAUUUCUGAUCCAAGGAUAAAAUACUAAAUCAACCUCUUCCCGUCUUGGAAGACCCCGCCCUCCCUCGCCAACACGCAUGAAGAGCGUCAUCUGUUACAGGACUGAUGGUGAUGAUGUUACUACCAAUCCUCCCUUAAGGUGUUUGUUAAGCUUUUCAGCCAUUUACACAUCAGUGGACUCAUUGUGCAGACCGAACCUGGGAGACGUUGCAGGACAUUUGUAGUACAAAUACAGUGAACCAUUUCAGACUUUUUCCAUUGUCUAAAACUGUCUGACCGCGCAUCAAUACAUCUCUUUCUCUGAUCGGUGGCUUUGUGUUAAUUUACUAUAUAUGGUACAAAAUACAGUGUGAGCCCAUUGUAAUGGCCCUGGAUUUCUUUACUGACCCUUUCUGAAGUCUUCUGAAGGGCUUUCCCAGGAGCUAAAACCCAAACAACAGUGUGGGAAUGUGGGAAGUUACGUUCAUCCUUCCCUGGAUCGAAAUCAUCCGGAUUUCAUUUGCCUCUAACAUUUAUACUCUUAAGUCUUCCAAGUAUUGUUUUUAUCCAUUUGUCAAACUGAACUAAGGGGGGAUCCUGUUUGUAGUUGGUCACAGGUUGCUAUUGCUUCACAGGAGACACUACACAGAGGUGGGGUGGGGGUGUGCAGAAAGGCUUGAGUAGUGUCCCCUGAGAACACGUGCAGGGCAGGCACUGGUCAGCUCAAAUAAAACCUGAAUUUUCCACUGGAUAUUGUACAUGGCCUUUUCAGCUGGAGGGUUCAUACCCUUUGGAGUAUUGCUGCGAUGGUUUUGGAGAUUGAGUCAUUAAAUAUUAACAAUGCA